AUGGCUCUGUCACAAGACUACACAGUCGGUAUCUUCUGCCCACUUGAGGUCGAAAUCUGUGCAGUUCAGUACCUGUUAGACAAAGUACACCGGCAAACACAAUCCCGACCAGUGCGAUACGUAUGGGGAAAGCUCGGCGACCACAAUGUGGUGGUUGCAACACUGCCCUUUACAUAUCGAGGUAAGGUUUCUACGGCCGUUGCCGUUGCUCGGCUACAUAUAGACUUUCCCAACAUAUCACGUCUUCUUCUGGUUGGUAUCGGGGGUGGCGUACCGACUCAAGGUGUUGAUGUUCGUCUGGGAGAUGUUGUAAUUGGCACCCCGACUGCUCUGCAUCCUGGAGUAGUGCAGUAUGAUCUGGGGAAACGAUACAAGGGUAAAUUCGUUCGCACGGGUUAUCUACCACCACCUCCAGAAGAAUGGAUACAUGCCAUUACCAAGAUGAAGACUAGUCAUCUCGUUCAGGGAGAUCAGCUUAGUUCUUCUAUCACUGGCUUAGAGGAGCGGUCUGCUCAUCGAGCAUUUAUUCGCCCACCACCGGAGUUAGAUACUCUCUUCGAGCCGACAUAUGACCACAUUGAUGGUGCAGCAACCUGCGAUCAAUGUAGUAGAGACAGGGUUACUCAGAGACCACCACGCUCUGAGCCCACCAAGCCAGUCAUACAUUACGGACUCAUCCUCUCCGGUGAUUCUGUGAUAAAAGACGCGGCAACCAGAGACCAGAUCGCCAGCCAUGAAGGUGGAGCCAUCUGUUUCGAAAUGGAAGCUGCAGCCAUGAUGAACGAUUUUCCCUGUCUGGUUAUCCGAGGAAUAUGCGAUUACGCCGAUUCCCACAAGAACGAUGUAUGGCAUGAAUAUGCCGCUGCCGCUGCCGCUGCGGUAGCUAAGGAAAUUCUUCGGUUCAUUGAGCCUACGGUUCCUCGAAUCGAAGAUGAUCACAACUCUUCAUCUGCAGGUACUGUGUCCCCGAAUGGGGCAAUCACAGGCACCUUUUAUGCGCAGAAUGGCACUAUUACCAACAUUCAGACUAUGACAGCAGCCGGGAAUAUCUAUUUCGGAUGA